GAUCUUAAGUAAGCUUUAAUUCUUUUAAUUUCUGGUCAGGAGAUGUCUCUCCAACACAGCAACACUUCAUUCAGUUGUUUUUUUCAUCUAUUUUCCCACUAAGCAUAAAUGUUAAUAUGUAAUAACACUGAACGAACCUUAACAUUGAACAAAAUCCCUCCAAAAAAAUGUUGAACAUAACAACAGCAACACAAUAAGAAAACUCAUCAGAAGAAAAAAAAAAACUAAGGAAUUGGAAAAAAAAAAAAUCCCAAAUCUUACCUCAGAAAUAAAAGGAAAGUGGCGUAUGGAGGAGGUGUGGGAGGAGGGGCACAAUGUGAUUGUCGACGACAGCAAGGGACGCAAAGUCAUGGCAACUGCAACACCAACUCAGUGAUGAAGGAAGAUGUCACACCUCGUUUCGUGGGUCUUCAGAUCUACUUCCAAUGGAGGAGUGAAGGAAGGGUCAUGACUGUGAAUGAAAGCAACGGAGAAGCACAGAUUGAAAUGUUGUCUGCAAAGAAAGGAAGGAGAAGCUAUGGAAGUUUUGGCUGUAAGAGUGGCUGGUCACACUAGACACUACCCGCUAGGAAAGAGAUUGAGAUUUGAGAAAUUGAAAAAAAUAAUGAUUCCCUAAGAGAGAGAGUAAAGAAACAAGUUAACUCCGUUUCUUAACUCUGCAAAACUUACACUCUCAUGUCCACUUGUUUAGUACUCAGCGUGAAACCUACCUACCAUCCAGUAGCUUCCAUUGACUUUCCUUUGUCGAUUCACACAAAUCCCUUUAGAGCGGUCUGCUAAUAAUAAUACUAAGGGUCAUAAAAUCAGUAUUCAACCACAAUUCUGCUGUUGACUUGUUUGAGAUACAGCCUUUCAAGCUUGAAGCGUCUUCUAGCUCAUUAAUGGCACGACCGUGCACCUAUAAGGUGUUCUUGAGUUUCAGGGGAGAAGACACCCGCAAAGGAUUCACUAGCCAUCUCUAUACUGCACUUGUCAAUAGGGGAAUCACAACCUACAUUGAUGACAAGAACCUUCGCAAAGGCGAUCUUAUUUCGGAUGAACUCCUCACAGCAAUUGAAGAGUCUAUGUUUGGUGUGAUAGUUCUCUCACCCAACUAUGCUUCCUCCACAUGGUGCUUAGAUGAGCUCCACAAGAUUGUUGAGUGCAACAACAACCUGGGCCUACAGAUUGUGGCAGUGUUCUAUCAUGUUAAGCCUUGUGACGUCAGGCAUCAAAUUGGAGCCUUUGAGGAAGCUUUCAAGAAACAUGAACUCAGAUUCGGAAAAGAAGGUGGCAGAGUUAGAAGAUGGAGAAAUGCCUUAACACAAGUUGUCAGUUAUUCUAAUUGGGACUCUGAACGAUUCGAGAACGAGGCCAUACUCGUGGAAAGCAUUACUCAACAUAUACAUGAAAGAUUGAUUAUGAAAUUACCAUCUUCUAUGAAGAAUCUCGUAGGGAUUGAUUCAAGGUUGGAAGAAGUUGUCAGACACAUUGGUCUUGGGGGGAAUGAUGUUCGCUUCAUUGGCAUAUGUGGAAUGGGUGGCAUAGGUAAGACAACUAUUGCUAGAAGAGUCUAUGAAACCAUUCGAAGCGAAUUUAAAGUUAGUUGCUUUCUUGCGGAUGUAAGAGAGAGAUCUGAGAAAAGAGGUAUUGUUCAACUACAGAAGCAACUUCUGGAUUGUAUGAACAUAAAUUCAGAUACUAGAUUCGAUGAUGAGUUUGAGGGAAAGGGGAUAAUUUGUCACUCUUUAUGCCAUAAGAAGGUUCUUCUUGUUCUUGAUGAUGUAGACGAUGGAGGCUUGUUGGAGAAUUUGGCUGGUGAACAAGACUGGUUUGGUCCUGGAAGCAGAAUAAUAAUCACAACUAGAGAUACGCAUGUACUAGAAGUGCAUGGAGCAGCGUAUAGAAUUUGUAAGGUUGAAGGGUUAGAACAAGACGAAGCACUUGAACUCUUUUGUUUGAGAGCUUUUAAAAGGUCAAAACCUGAAGAAGGGUAUAUGGAUUUGUCCCAAGAAGUGGUUAAGUAUUGUGAUGGUCUUCCAUUGGCACUUGUAGUAUUGGGUUCCCAUCUUUGUGGACAAACCAUUGAUGUUUGGCGUAGUGCUAUUGAGAAAAUAAAGAGUUUUCCUCAUGACAAAAUUUUUAAUACAUUGAAAAUAAGUUAUGAUGGUUUAGAUCAUUCGGAAAAGAAUAUCUUUUUAGAUAUUGCUUGCUUUUUCAAAGGACGUGAGAAAGAUUAUGCAACAAAUAUAUGGAAAAGGUGUGGUUAUCAUGUAGAAGCUAGCAUUGCUGCUUUAAUAAAUAAAUCUUUGCUCGCUAUUGGUGAGUACUACAAGGAGACAUUGGAGAUGCAUGAUCUGCUCGAAGAUAUGGGAAAAUAUAUUGUAAUAAAAGAAUGUCGCGACGAUCCUAGCAAGCAAAGCAGAUUGUGGUCUUACAAGGAUGUUGAUCUUGUACUUGCACAAAACAAGGAAAUUGAAGCAACUCAUAGCAUUGUUCUAUAUAAUAAGAUGGAGUGGGGGUUUAAGGGGAAGCAGAGAGUUUUGGAUAUAAGAGAUUUAUCAUUCUCAAAUAUGUGCAAGCUAAAGAUUCUCAUUUUAGAUAACGUGAAAGGUCCCAUUCUCUGCAAUAUUCCUUGUACAUUAAAGGUUUUGCACUGGAGACGUUGUCCAAUGAAAACUCUGCCCUUUACAGAUCAAAGCUAUGAACUUGUUGACAUUGAUCUUUCUUAUAGCAAAAUUGUACAGUUAUGGGAUGGAAAGAAGGUUCUAAAAAAGUUAGAGCACUUGAAUCUGUCCAACUGCCAUAAGCUGAAGCAAACGCCAGAGCUUUGUGGGGCUCCCAAUCUUAAAACACUUGAUCUUAGUGAAUGUAAGGCGCUGAAUUAUAUUCACCCGUUUCUGGCACACCACAAAAGCCUUGUUGAAUUGAAUUUAUAUGGCUGCAGUAGAUUGAGAAGACUGCCAGAAUUUGGGGAAGGCAUGAAACAAUUAUCGGUUCUUAUUCUGACAGAUACAGGUAUAGAAGAACUACCCGAAGAACUACCCACGACGCCUGGAAAAUUUGCUGGUGUGUCUAAGUUGGACUUAAGUGGAUGUGACAAGCUUACUAGUCUUCCCUUGUCACUUGGAUGUUUCGUUGGCCUAAAGGAGUUGGUGUUGAGUAUAUUCAUGGAGCUUAGUUGUGUUCCAUACAGCACUCAUGGGUUAGAGUCCCUCACAGUUGAGGAUUAUUCUGACAGCCCAAAUAUUGUUGGACUUUUGUGUUCUCUCUCUUGCUUCACCUCUUUGAGUACCCUGAAAUUACACGUAUGCUUUGGCACCCUUUCUUACAAUCUCGGCCAUUUAGCGUCGUUGACGGAUUUGGAUUUAUCGGACAAUGAUUUUUGCCAACUUCCAAUAAGUAUUCUUGAACUUCCCAGACUUACACGUCUGCAGCUAUAUCAUUGCCGUUUUCUGGAGGUUUUGCCAGAGAUUCCAUCAAGUCUAAGAGUAUUACAAGCAGACCGUUGUUGUUCACUGGUUGCAUCCAAGGUAUAUGAUGCUAUAUCAAAAGCGUGUUGUGUCUUUGCAGAAUCAGCUAGCCAAGAUCGUGAAGACUUCUUGCAAAUGUUGAUGCCUGAGUUAUAUCAGGAAAUGCCAGCAUGGUUUGAGGAUCAGGAAGAACAUAACGGAGUAUCACUCUCAUCCCCUUCAACUGAAAUCAUCGCACUUGCUCUCUGUUUCCUAUUAGAUGGUGACGAAUACUCUGAAGAACAGCCAUCGGUGAUCUGCAACGGUAAAGAAUUCAUCAACACGAGAUUAUUGAAGGUGUCAAUGUCAUCAUAUUAUAAGACUUUGCUCAUUCUCUGCCUGAAUGGUUACAGUUUUAGUAACCUGUUAUGCCAAGAUAAUCGCUUCCAACUGCAGUUUCCCAGUGAUUGUUGUGAAAUCCGAGUAAAAAGAUCUGGAGCACGUUGGGUGUGCAAGCAAGACAUUCAACUUUUGAAGAAAAGAAAAUAUGAAAGAGGGAAAAGAAAAGCAAAUCUUGAACUGAACAUGGACAUGAUUUCACAUUCUUCAGCUUCUAGAAAUAAGAUGGCCGUGGUUGACUCUCCAGUGUAUGAACAAGAGGUAGAGUGUGCUACCACAUUACUUGCGUCUCUUCGCUUUGCUUCCCACAGCACUUAGUUCGCAUAGCUCAUGACACAGGUUUCUCAAUAUAUUACAUGUAUGAUUGCCAACCUUAGAUCUCUUUAGCUAAAUGGUUCGCCAGAUCCAAAGCUUUUGACAGAGCUCAUUGCAUCUAUCCACUGCAAUGUGAUACCAGAAAGAAAUGUAAAUCUCGGGCACAAAUGGAGCAAGGGAAGGGCGUAGAUAUAUUUGUGGCUGAUAUUAGUUGUUCUUUAUGUCACCUUUCAGGUUGUUUCAGUUAGUGCUCAAAAAUCAGGUAAUCGGUUCUAUUUUUAUGGAUAUAUCUGGCUUGGGUUAAGCUGAAAUCAUUCAAGCCGAAGAUCAGUUGAGUUUAUAUAAAUAUGAGUAUUUGAAGUUCGUAGUUUAGUUUGUAAUGCUUUUCCUUUCAAUUUUUGGAAAAGAUACUGUGUCAGGUUCUGAUAGAGGAAAGUUUGUAUUGUGUGAUUACUGGGAAUGUGCAUGUGUUAAAUUGCAGGUUUCGAAUAUGAAUUGAGCAUUUGGAUUGUUGUAUUUGAGUUUAUGUGAGAUGGCUUUUCUUUUUUUUUUUUUCUUUUUUCUUUCAAUAUCUUGAGGAGAAAAAAAUUAACCUUGGUUUUAUGUGGAAAUUGUAGCAAUGAGGUUAUGGCGACUUUUUUACUAUGUUGGACGGUUUUAGGAAGAUCGCUUGAGAUUGACAAUUUUUUAAUCUUUUGAUGCUGCAGCAGAGUGAGAUUUAGCAAGAAUAAUGAGACAGAGUCAGAUUCAUUACAUAUAGAAGGAGAAAAUCUGCAGGCCAUAGCGAGUACGAAUGUCAACUUAGUUUCAAUUCUUAUGCAUUUUUUCAAUUUGCAAACAUCUUUCCUUUGCAACUAUGUCAAAGUCCAGCUUUCAAAGAAAACAAUACACAUUGGACAAAAGCAAAUCUCUGUGCCUAGAUACCUUUAUAUCUUCCAUUUUUCAAUCAAGUUCAUCUUGAAUUGUAUCAAAAGAUUAGCAGUGCAGCUUCAAAUCACAGAGCCGGUUGCAUGCUUAACUUUCUCCUUACUCACAUGUGCUUUGUUAAGCUUAUAGAAUGGAUACUUGUCCUGCCUACUCUGUUAAGAAGUUCUGAGGUAUGCUUGGAUUCGUUGACAUGAUCUUAACAGCAAUGGUGUAAAAGCCUGCUAAAUAGAGUGAUAGUGGUUCUUUGCGGUAUGUUUCAGAAUAUCCAGGGACCUCUCAUCACAAAGCAACACACGGUGUACUGGUGGUAGUGGCUUAAAAUAAAAUCCUAGUCAUUUCUUGUUAUUGGCUUAAUUAAUAACUCAUGUUUUCCUUUAUAACAAAGGCAGGAAAAGCUUUUAAUUUCCAAAGAACCGUUAUUGAUAAUAUUGUUUAUACUAAUGAUUGUUUGAAGCAAUUUGCUGAAUGGGUUUCAUCACUUGAUUGUAGAGACCUGAGAACAUUGCAAAUCAUAUUGGUGGUUGUCCAUUGAAUAAGAGUAGGGUAUAUAGAUAGAGUUUACAAGUAUUUGUGGGAAGGCUUGUGUACGUUUGAGGAUUUCAUUAUUCUUUUAACUUUCUAAUACACAUCUUGUAAUAUGUCUUUUAUUGUAAAAGCAUGAGCAGAUCCAUUUGUAUAUAUUAGUUAUGCUUCUGAGUUCUGAACUUCUGAUAGUUCAAUAAUCAAUUAUUCAUAGUGGAA